GCUGCGCGGGCGCGAGCGAGUAGGGGCUCCGGGUGGGCGGCAGCGGCCUCCCGCGCAGGCUGGAGGCGCCCAGGCUCGCCAUGCCGGGUGGACUCUAGCUCCCCCAUGGAGUCGGCCGACUUCUACGAGGCGGACCCGCGGCCCCCGAUGAGCAGCCAUCUCCAGAGCCCCCGGCACGCGCCCGGCAGCGCCGCCUUCGGCUUUCCCCGGGGCGCAGGCCCCGCGCAGCCCCCCGCCCCACCUGCCGCUCCGGAGCCUCUGGGUGGCAUCUGCGAACACGAGACGUCCAUCGACAUCAGCGCCUACAUCGACCCGGCCGCUUUCAACGACGAGUUCCUGGCCGACCUGUUCCAGCACAGCAGGCAGCAGGAGAAGGCCAAGGCGGCCUCGGCCCCCGUGGGCGGCGGCAGCGACUACGACUACCCGGGCGCCCCCGCGGGCCCCGGCGGCGCCGUCAUGCCCGGGGGAGCGCACGGGCCCCCUCCCGGCUACGGCUGCGGGGCGACCGGCUACCUGGACGGCAGGCUGGAGCCCCUGUACGAGCGCGUCGGGGCGCCGGCGCUGCGGCCGCUGGUGAUCAAGCAGGAGCCGCGCGAGGAGGACGAGGCGAAGCAGCUGGCUCUGGCCGGCCUCUUCCCCUACCAGCCGCCGCCGCCGCCGCCUCCGCACCCGCACCCGCCGUCCGCGCACCUGGCCGCCCCACACCUGCAGUUCCAGAUCGCUCACUGCGGCCAGACCACCAUGCACCUGCAGCCCGGCCACCCCACGCCGCCGCCCACGCCCGUGCCCAGCCCGCACUCAGCGCCCGCGCUGGGCUCCGCCGGCCUACCCGGCCCCGGCGGCGCACUCAAGGGGCUGGCAGCCGCGCACCCCGAGCUCCGCGCGGGCGGCGGCGGCGCGGGCAAGGCCAAGAAGUCGGUGGACAAGAACAGCAACGAAUACCGGGUGCGGCGCGAGCGCAACAACAUCGCGGUGCGCAAGAGCCGCGACAAGGCCAAGCAGCGCAACGUGGAGACGCAGCAGAAGGUGCUGGAGCUGACCAGUGACAAUGACCGCCUGCGCAAGCGGGUGGAACAGCUGAGCCGCGAACUGGACACUCUGCGGGGCAUCUUCCGCCAGCUGCCCGAGAGCUCCCUGGUCAAGGCCAUGGGCAAUUGCGCGUGAGGCGCGCGGCGGCGGGACCGCCCUAGGCCGGCCCCUGGCGGGGAGCGGGGAAGAGUGGUUUCGGGACGCCGGAUCCCUAAGGCACCCGGAGCCGCGCGAGCCAAGACUAGGAGAUCCCGGUGCCGACUGAAAGUCUAACCUGCUCCGCGUGCCCCCUCUUCCUCUGCACCGGACUCGGUGCGCCUAAGACGAGGGGUCGGGCAGUGGCUUCUCUGUACGGGAGAAGCGCCGUGAGGCUGAGCCGGGAGCCCGGCAACUCUAGUAUUAAGGAAUAACCUUGUGCCUUGGAAACGAAAACUCACCGCUCUGAUUCCUACCGAGUAGGGGGAGCAAAUGUGUGCCUUGCCAUUUUAUUCGAAGGGUUCUUGCUGCCUUCUGGAGGCUGCAGCAGCCCCACCACCACCACCACCACCGCGGGAGGAAGGUUGGGGGAGCAGAUUGCCACAAGCCAGCUCCAGCCUCCCAAUGGUGCCUCUCCUUACAGAGCAAGAACCCCAGAGACUGGGGGCUUUCAACCCAAGGUUGCUCCUCAAGUUUUACAUGAAGGGGAGGGUCCCUGGUUCCUUCCCUCUCCCCAUAAGCCUCCAACAGGCUGAGCUUCCUCCGGCAGGACUCUGAGAUGGGGGUCACCAAGUGACCAGUGGGAAGACACCACCUCAGCUUUCCCCAGCCAGGCCAAAAAGCUAAGCUGUGGGUCAACCACAAGGGCAUGUGUUCAUAGGCGCGGGGGCCUGGAGGAGGAGGGUGGGGGUGCAGGGACCCUGGGAGCCUCGGCCUCCCCUGUUCAGGAUGUCGCCAACAUUGCCAUAGGAACUCGAAGCACAAUCAGUCCGUCCCGGAGGGCCGGAGUCCUGAGAAGUUUCCAAAUAUUUUGCUUUAUCAGCCGAUAUCAACACUUGCCUCUGGCCUCUUUGUGUCCCAGCGGUGCCUUGUGCAAUGUGGAUGUGCACGUCUAUGCUAAACCACCAUUUUAUUUGGUUUUUGUUUUGUUUUGGUUUGCUCAGAUACUUGCCAAAAUGAGACUCUCUGUCGGCAACGUGGGGGAGGGUCCGAGGCUCUCUUUCCUUUUGGUUUGGGAUCGCUUUUGCUCCCGUGGGACCAAUGAGGUGAGGUGGGCUUCCCCUUUCCCCUCAGCUUUCCCCGGGGGUGGGGGGUGCGGUGGUUGUGGGCCUCGGUCUUGGGCCGACUGGGUCCCUGCUGGCCAAGGCCGUCUCCAGCCCAGGCUGCCCACAGGAUUGUGCCCCCCAGAGGCCCUGGCUCCAGGUCUCCAACCACCACACACAGCCUGGGAACACAGACCACGGCGGGGGGCUGGGGCAGGACAGUUUGCUUCUCUUCUUUUCGGGGAGAACACAGAGUUUCAUGUUAGAUGUUUUAUGUAUUAUAUCUAUAAUAUAAACAUAUCAAAGUGAA